AUGGUGCACGGAUGCAAUUAUUGUCAUACAAAAUGCAUCAAAAACAUUUGUAACUUUAUUACUCUUACAACUUUCAGCACUGAGUACGAGAUGAAGAAGCUAACUUUUGUUACUGGAAAUUUGAAUAAACUGAAGGAGUUUAUCGCCAUACUUAACGAUGGUGAGCAAACGAAUGUUGUUGGGGACUAUGAGAUUGUGAGUCAAUCGGUUGAUCUUCCAGAGCUUCAAGGAUCUAUUGACACGGUAGUAAUACAUAAGGCAAGAUCAGCAGCGGACUUAAUAGGUGGUCCUGUGAUUGUCGAAGACACAUGUUUGGGAUUUGAUGCGUUAAAUGGCCUUCCAGGACCGUAUAUUAAGUGGUUUCUCAAAUCUAUUGGAUUGGAGGGAUUGAACAAGAUGCUUGCAGGUUUUGAAAACAAAUCUGCUAAGGCUUAUUGUACCUUUGGCUAUUGCGAAGGCCCAGGAAAGACUGUGAGUCUAUUUCAAGGAAUCACGGAAGGAAGAAUAGUACCUCCUCGUGGCCCGACAAACUUUGGGUGGGAUCCAAUAUUUCAACCUUUAGGAUUCAAUCAGACAUUUGCUGAGAUGGAUAAUGCGACCAAGAACUCAAUUAGUCAUAGAUUCAAGGCUGUAGAGAAACUGAAGUUUUUCCUGUUGAAAAGCUAA